CGUGAAAGUAAAGGUAUAUAGCCCCGGCAGGAGGGAAGGGAUGCUACAGUCUGUCUCUCUCCAUUCCCGGCCAUGGCAGCAAAGCUCAUCGUACUCGCUCUUGCGGUCAGCGCGAGCAUCGCAGCGCCGCAGUUCAGCAGCGAGGAAGACCUGCCUCCCACGCCGCACGACUUCGGCUACGGCGUGAGUGUGGCGGAGACAGGAGACGCCAAGGAGCACAAGCAAUCCGUGUUACCGUCUGGCCGCACUGAGGGUGAAUACCGCUGGCUCCAGCCCAACGGUCUCUUCAGAGUGGUGCGAUACUUCGUGGAGGGCAACUCCGGCUUCCAGGCUGAGGUCAGCGAGGAGCCCGGUCCUGAUGUCACCAACUACUACACUAACUCCCUGACGCAAGAGAACAGCCAGGGUGCCGCCGUAGCAGCCUCGCAGAACUUCGGUAAGAGCUUCGACUCCGGACGAUCUUCCUUCGGUGCCGCCGCCAACGUUAUCAGUGCCCCCCGACCCAUCGCCCCAGCCCCCCGCCCCUUCGUCCGGCCACAACCCCAGCAGAGUUUCAUCAGCCAACCAGCCACCUUCGAAACCGUUAUUGACGGCGGGAUCAUCGACGGCGGCAUUAUCGACGGAGGAAUCAUCGACGGAGGCAUCAUCGACGGGGGAAUAAUCAACGCCAGCUUUGAAGACUCACGGUUCGGUUAAUUCAUACCUCGCCGCCCCCACCCUGCCUGUGCCUCCGCCAUGAAAUACAGUGACGCGACACGAAAACUAACAUUGUACGCCAACGGUGGCAAGGUGCACUUCCCAGGCUACAGAUCAUGAUUCAUGAAUGAAUUUACUUGCUUUAGAAGUGUGCUGCCAAAGAUAUGUUUUCUGCACCUUGGGAUUUGCAUCAUUUCACUGGAAAUGGAAUAUUACCAUUUUAUAUUUUCAUUAAAGUACAAAAUUCUAAUAUAGGUAUUAUGCGGCUGUCACUGUAUUUCAUACGAAAUAGUUAUAAUUUAUGACAACUGGACUGCUGAAGUCUGUGUAUUUAUUUUGUUAAACAAAAUAAUUACUAUAUAAA